CGCCUUCGCCGUAGUAGCGCGGAUGCUGUUUUUGUCGCGUCUCCGCCUCCGCGCUCCUCACUUUCUGCCGACUGCAGACGAGCGCACACAGGCCGCCGUGAACUCUCCCGAGGCCGGAUGGUAAAAUCCAACCUCCAGCGGAUCCUAAACAGUCAUUGCUUUGCCCGUGAGAAAGAAGGAAAUAAACCGUGUGAAACUAGCAGCAUCAUGGAGGCGUUCAGUAACAGUAUUAACGACGUGAUGGGAAGUCUGUCGCUGUGCUGUAGUAGUACCACUGGUCCAGGGCCUCUGUGGUGCUCCGAUGCCCCUCACCCACCUCUGAAGAUCCCAGGUGGGCGAGGGAACGGAGCACGGGAUCACUCAUCCACAGCGGCACCACCGCAGCAGCAGCUGCAGCUGUACUCAGACAGGAAGUUGACUGUGACGGAAGAGCCCGCUGGGGCCGGUCGCCCCCGGAUACUGCACUUUCAGAGCCGGCCCACCGUUUCCCGGGCGAUCAAAUGGGAGGCGGUGCUUCGGGGCCCCGGCCUGUUCGUGGAGAUUCCCUGCGAAUCGUUUCCAGAGGGCAGCAAAGAGAGCUUCGUCUCUCUGCUGGAGUUUGCUGAAGAACAUCUGAAAGUCGUCAGUGUGUUCGUCUGCUUUUAUAAGAACAGGGACGAUCGUGUGAAACUGGUGCGUACGUUCAGCUUUCUGGGCUUUGAGAUGGUGAAACCGGGCCACGCUCUGGUCCCCGCUCGACCUGACGUUCUCUUCAUGGCCUACAACUUUGACAGGGAUUCCUCGGAUGAAGAUUAGUCUCCUCUCAUUCCUCAAUCUGGAUCCGUCUACAGGCUUCAGGCGGAGCCGCGCAAUCUGUUUGACUCGUUCAUCAAGUGAAUCUGUUUGCUUUUAAUGCCCUUGUUUUUUUGUUUAUACGAUGUUCGAUUUUCUGGAAUGUACAAAAGGUCAUUUCUGCGUUUGAUUGGACGUUUCUUCCUGCUCUUCAAGCCUGCACAGGAU